AUGUCUUCUGAGGAGACUAAGGUGGUUGCCACGCCUGAACCUGGCGAGCAGUGCGAUGUCAAACACCUCAAACGCAGCUAUGUGGAUGGAAGCAAUGACCCGGUGGUUACCGAGGGUGACUCGGAUCCGGUCAAAAAGGAGGAAGACACAAAACAUCAGUCAUUUGCCCUAGUGUCGACACAAAACUUCGAUAAGGAUAACAAUCGCACCGAUACAACGCUUUUGAUCAAUUCCAAGCACAUACUCGCCGCUCUCACAAGGGUAGUUCGUUACUAUCCCGACCAAGACGAGGAAUUCGACAAACCCUCUGAGCUGACAUCACCAUUCAAUCUUCUCUAUCAUCAUCGCAAGGAGCUUUCUGAGGAGGCUGCUAGGGUAGGCGGUGACGGUGCCCUCCAUCUCAACCUUCUCCUGAGCUACCUUGACAAGCAGAAGUGGGCCGAGGCCGAGACACUCACAGCUCGAGAGAAUCCUGUCAUUACAUUUGAUCUACUUUGGUUCGUUUUUAAACCCGGCGACUUGCUAUACAGGAUGGUAAACGGCGAGCCUGCUUUGUACUGGCUUGUGAGCGUGUGCUAUGACGAAACGCCAACAACAGGAGAUUCAUGGAAAUACCUCGAGCUUGAGUGUCUAUAUCAAGCACACGACGGAAAGAAAACGGGUGUGGUGCGGGAAAGUCUCAAAAUAUACGAACACCAGGAAUUUGCGGGCGAUACCCCCGAGAAGAUUACAAGCCUCUCAGUCUUUCCGCUAAAGUACCACAAAGACAGAGAAGGAAUAAAAGAACGCCUUGUGAAGCGCGGACAACGAUAUUUGGAGCUUGUGCAAAAGCAGGGCCAAGCAUAUCAUUACGAAGGUCUAUGCAGAAGGCUUAAAACACCUCCUGGGGGCUCAUACUUUUCCAGCGAAGAAAAAUUUAUUGGCGUCUGGCUCCCAGAAACAGCUACCGGAAGAGUCGUCUUAGACUGUUCAACAUUCAUGGAAGAUAAUCCUUUCCACCGCGUCAAUGUUUCCAAUUGGAGCAUCUCGAAAGAGAGUCUAGACAAAACAACCGAUGGCUUCGAUGACCCUACACUACUCUGUCUGCCAUAUGUCUAUGGAUAUUCUCUGGACAUGCGAUGCUGGUGUAUGUUCUCUGUAGACAAGGUGAAGACGGCCGACUGGAAACAUAAAGACUUUGAUUCGGUUGUCCUUCCGGAUGGAUAUAGGAAGAUCAUCACAUCACUUGUUAAAAGUCACAAAUUCGCCAGUCAUACCCGAGAUGAGACUGCCCUCAAAGGCAAGGGUCUGAUAUUUGUUUUGCAUGGCCCUCCUGGGACUGGCAAAACAAGAACAGCUGAAGCAAUUGCCGAGACAACCUCAAAGCCGCUCUUGCUAUUCCCAACCGGAGAACUCGGGGGUGAUCUCAGAAGCAUUCAGUCAGAGCUGAGGCGGCUAGUUAGAUACGGCACUGCAUGGAAGGCCAUUCUACUUAUCGAUGAGGCGGAUGUAUUUCUGGAAUCCAGACAGGUUGACGGACAUGUGUCGUUGGAGCGUAAUGCUCUCGUAGCAGUUUUCUUGAGGCAGCUCGAGUAUUUCCAGGGCAUCAUAUUUCUGACCUCUAACCGCGCCCAAAUGUUCGAUCCCGCAGUCAAGUCCCGCAUCAACGUUAUGCUGCACUACCCCUCGCCCGACAAAGAAACGCGAAAGGUGUUGUGGGCACAACGGCUAGGACCAAUAUUGAAACUCAAAUCCUUGCCAAGAUGCGAACUGGAUCUAAAUUCAGCAACGGAGACACUGUCGGAGUAUGAGAUGAACGGUCGGGAGAUUUCAAAUGCUGUCAACUCGGCUUUGACCAUAGCCAAAGCUGAUACGCUCACCCUUAACAUGGACCACCUUCGGUCUGUGGCAAAAAUAUGGAAAGACUCACAGGAAAAGAGCGUCGAAGUGGGACCAGUUGUGGACGCAGUUCAGGAGAUCAAAAGGAUUCCGUCUAUCAGUGAGGUUCUUAGGACACUUAAAAUCCCGCUUUGGGUCUGGAAACUAUUCGUUUCAGCAUUCCUUGCUGGCGCUCUAUUUCAAGGGUCCCUUAAAAUCUUUAAGGCAAGGAUAAGGUGGCGAGGGCGUCGAGCUCACAGGUGA